AUGAAAUGUAAGCACUCCGAAACUUCAUACUUCUUUUCUUUUCAACAAAUCCAAUGGACUAAAUCAACAACUGGGAUUGUAUUCACGUGGCCAGAGAGUUCCAAAACAACACGAUCCGUAGUAACCAUUCUUAAAAUCGGGUGGUGGGUUUUUUGGAUUUUUGCCGUAACACAGAUGAUGCAAACAUUUUAUUUGGCAUAUACAGUACGAAACAGUUUUAUGCAACUUAUUCACAACUUAUUCCACGCAUUCUGCAUGAACCAAGUCGUGCUUACAAUGAUUAUUGGGAAACAUCAUCAUCAUCGGUUCCAGUAUUUAAUUGAAGAGAUAGAGACAUUCAUGAAGGAUGCCAACUCUCACGAGCGGGAAGUACUUUCAAAGUGUGUAAAGCGAAUAGCUUCUCGUCACUUCAGCUAUAAUAUCAUCGCUAUCAGUGCGACACUGGGUUAUAUACUCGGUCCCAUCACACUUGAUUACUCAUUACCGAAUAGAUUGGUGUACCCAUUUGCCGUGGAUGAACAUCCUUCUUAUGAUAUUGCCUAUUUAUGGGAAACCAUAGGAGCUAUUGAAUGUUGUUGUUCUACCGCUUUUAUUUGUCAAGUGUGUCUGCUCCUUUGGUAUGGAACAAUACAACUUGAAAUUCUCGCGGAAAAAAUGAGGAAAGUCAGCAUCGCUCAAGACCUUAAAGAGUACAUUAAUGUACAUCAUCAUAUACUUUGGUAUAUUGAUGAAACCAUCAAAACCGUUCGACCCGUGGUUUUGACAACUGUUGCAAUGGCUAUGAUAACCAUUUUGUGUGCCGGAAUCACCAUAGUUGGAAAUGGACCAAUCAUUGAAAAACUGCAGUUUAUGGUGAUUGUAAUGACGUUCUCGAUAGAACUCCUUUGUGUUGCGUGGGCUGCAGAGAAUUUAACUGCAGCGUGCGAGGAAGUUAGUUGGGCGCUCUAUAAUAGGGCUGUCAUUUUCGUGAUGCAGAGAUGUCAAAAACCGUCGGUAAUUUCUAUCGGUGGAUUAUUGCCAAAAUUGUCCAUGAACUAUUAUGCAAGGUAUAUGUCAGCAACAUAUUCUUUCUUCACUACACUACGUGUUGUACUCCGAAAAAUUGAAGACGAUUUGUGA